AUUCAUCUAUCUACAAGUUGUUGUCAGUUUGCACGUAAAAAUGAGUGAUGAACAAAGACACGCCCCUCGUUUGAAUGAGAGGAUCCUCUCAUCAUUGUCAAGGAGGUCUGUCGCCGCUCACCCUUGGCACGAUCUCGAGAUAGGACCUGAAGCUCCAAAUGUUUUCAAUGUUGUCAUUGAGAUAUCGAAAGGCAGUAAAGUCAAAUACGAGCUUGAUAAGAAAACUGGUCUCAUUAAGGUUGAUCGCGUCCUCUACUCAUCAAUGGUGUACCCCCAGAACUAUGGCUUCAUUCCUCGGACUUUAUGUGAAGAUAAUGACCCCAUGGAUGUACUAGUGCUCAUGCAGGAGCCUGUCCUCCCAGGCUGUUUCCUUCGAGCUAGGGCCAUAGGUUUAAUGCCUAUGAUUGAUCAGGGAGAGAAGGAUGAUAAGAUAAUAGCAGUGUGUGCUGACGAUCCAGAAUAUCGCCACUACACUGAUAUUAACCAGCUUGCUCCUCACCGUCUGGCAGAAAUCCGCCGCUUUUUUGAAGACUACAAGAAGCUUGAGAACAAGGAGGUUGCUGUUAAUGAGUUUCUGCCUCCAAGCACUGCUGUCCAAGCCAUCCAAUACUCAAUGGACCUUUAUGCCGAAUACAUAUUACAGACACUGAGAAAGUAAUCUACCAUU